AAGUCUUGACAUGAUCAAGUGCAUUUGUCUCCAAAUGUUACGACUAGCUAAAGCUUCACUCACUACUCACUUUCCUCUCGUUCCUCCUCCCGACAAGCGUCUAGAAGAAGCGGUUCAUUCCUCAACUCACCUAGUCAAGAACGGCAUGAGUCAAGCGAUCCAGCACCCACGUGUCCGUUUGUACUUUCGUCAAGGACGAAGAGCCCAAAGUGACGGACAGCACAAGCCGCUGCCAGGCAGCAAGCGUGUCAACUUGUGCCGUGUGGGUGGCGCGCCAUGGUGUCACUCCUCUGGAUUGGCCAGCACCCCGGGGGUGUGCCAAGAAUUCUGCGUGGUGGGCGGACACCUGCCCAACGACUUGAUGGUCGAGGCCAGGCAGAACGCCGGUCUCACAGGAGAGAGACGCAGUGCGAGUCAGCGCUAGGCGGCGCAAGGGUGCACGGUGCGCGUGGCCGACGCGAUUGCGGAUGAAAUGGACACGGUGUUAACUUGAGUCUGAACGCCAAGGCCGUCCAGCGCGUGGCGUCGUGCAGAUCUUCACCGCCGCUGCGUUCGUGACGCCAACUGAAGACGGAGCUCUGCUGUCUUUUGUCGCCGCCCAGCGUGAUCCGGAUGAAGUGGCGCAGGGGUCAGGACAAUGCAGCAGGUCGCCGCGGACACUUGGGCGCGAGGUCUGAGCGUAGAGGACGGAGACACGGGGCCACCUUGACUCAGCUUCUGCGUCACCGAGGCGAGACGAUGCUUGACGCCGUCGCAGAGGUGCUUGGUUCUCUCGCGCCGAGAGUGCCGCGACGACCUGCGC